GAGAAUAAAUGAUAAAAGAGUCUGGCAGAUUUGUCCCAAAAGCAAGAGCAUCAGGAGGAGGACAUUCAAAAUGAGCAGUGGAGCCCACUCACUGGAAAGUAGACCAGGGACCACUGGAGCAUGCUGGACUCCUUAUUUUGAACAGGGUGACAAACAACCCCACAUGAAAAUCUCAGGCCAUUGUUACUUGCCUCCAAUGGAUCUUUAUCCAGCAACUGGGUCAAGUCUUAAAGCCCAUAAUGAUGCAUUCCUGACCUGAAAAUACUUGGGUCUCUCAUCUCGGCACUUGAAAGGAGACUCAAAGGGAAAUGGCCAUGGCAUAAAUCACAAUAUGAAAGCACUGAACUGUGGAAGACUGUGCAUUGGCUGGGAUGUCUUCAAUUAGAGUGUCUGUAGGAAAAUUAAUGCCUGUAUAUAGCAUGACUGCACACCUGAGGCGGUGCUGGAGCAGUAUAAAAACCAGCACAAAUACCCAGUCUUUCAACCACUUCUCUUGCCUCCUUCUCCUUGAGGAUCAGGUGCACCUCCAGCCUUGAAGCAUGUCCUGCUACAGCCCGUGCAUGCCCUGCCGGCCCUGCGGCCCGACCCCGCUGGCCAACAGCUGCAACGAGCCCUGUGUCAGGCAGUGCCAGGACUCCACCAUCGUCAUCGAGCCCCCUGCUGUGGUGGUGACCCUGCCCGGCCCCAUCCUCAGCUCCUUCCCGCAGAACACCGCCGUGGGCUCCUCCACCUCCGCUGCCGUUGGCAGCAUCCUCAGCUCUGAGGGAGUGCCCAUCAACUCCGGGGGCUUCAGCCUCUCUGGCUUGGGCAGCGGCAUUUGCGGCAGGAGGUGCUUCCCCUGCUAAAGCUGCUGGCCAUGGCCCUGGGUUAGAAGGCACCCAGGGACCCACACG